AUGGCUGCGCGGCAAUCAUCACCAAACUCCGAUUCACACUCUGAUAAUGUACGCAAGCGCGUAUGUAAAGCUUGUGAUCGAUGUCGCUUGAAGAAAUCCAAGUGUGACGGAGCGAGUCCAUGUUCCCGCUGUCGAGCCGAUAAUGCAAUCUGUGUCUUUGGUGAACGAAAGAAGGCUCAUGAUAAAGUGUAUCCGAAGGGAUAUGUCGAAAUGCUCGAACAGCAACAGGCCUGGCUGGUCCACGGCCUCCAGGAAUUAUACCGUCGCGCUACAGAAGGCGAAGGCUGGCCAGGAGAUCGAUUGAAAUCCGAAUCAAACGGUCACCCUCUCACCCAUGACCUCCUCACCCGUCUCGGUGCCCUCGAUCACACCAAGGGUGAACACUUUGAAGAGAAUCCCGAAACUAUGCAACAGGAACUUUGGCGACAUGGCAUGCAACGCCAGGAAUCAUCAGAUGGAAGCUCAGAACCUCAUUCCCCGGUCGCCCGUUCGCGCUUCUCCUCCGAUGCUUUCUCUCAGUCUCAGCAAUCAACUUUACCACCAACUCCACCAACCUAUCACCAUAGUCCCCCGUCGAAUCCGAUCAAUCUGAAUCUGAAUAUCAAGCAGGAGGAUCAGUCACUACAGCAAGCACAAGCACAAGCACAAGCCCAGGCCCAAGCUCAGGCUAAUAGCCAGUACCCGUUACAUAUGCAGGGUGUGGUCAACCCACUUGCGCUACAGGAUCCACAGCAAUGGCCGACGAAUGGGUUUAGUGCUUUUGAUGAAAUGGAGAUGAUGACAACGGGUGAUUACUCGGGUCUUUCAUUUGAGGAUCAGAUUCCUUCGCCAAUGUUUAAUCGACAAAUGCCGAUGAAUUGUGUUUCGACGGAUUACGAUGAUUUCAAUCAAUUCUUGAAUCCGAAUCCAACGGAGAUUACAUCGAUCUAG